AUGUGGACUGAUAGGAAGAAAUUUUAUGCUAGGUGCAAAGGCUAUGAUGGUGGUGGAAAUCCAUGCAAAUGGUACAUAUCUGCCAGACUACAACCUGAUGGCAGUACAAUGAGGGUAAAUCAAAUACCAAACCAGCAUACAUGUAUGACCACUUCACAGAGAGUUUCAAAUAUGACAAACCAGCUUUGGAUUACAGAGAAGAUUACUCCUAUUUUAGCAAAAACUCCAAACACUACUGCAAAAAGGCUUAAAGUGGACUUGGAGAAGCUAUACCCCAUCAAACUGAAAUAUACCACAGUUUGGAAGGCAAAACAAAGGGCAAUGAAAUCAUUGUAUGGUGACUGGGCAAAUACAUUUAGGAUGUUGUAUAGCUUUAAAGCUGAGGUGGAGAAGAGGUCACCUGGAAGUGUGGUGGAGAUAGACACAGAGGUUACAGAGGAUGGCAGUGUUUACUUCAGCAAGUUUUUUAUGUGUUUGAAGCCUUGCAUAGAUGGAUUCAAAGCAGGAUGUCGUCCAUAUUUGAGCAUAGACUCUUCUUUUUUGACUGGAAAGUGGAAUGGUCAGUUGGCUGCAUGCAAUGCUUUGGAUGGACACAACUGGAUGUUCCCAAUUGCAAUUGGAUUGUUUCAAUCAGAGACAGUGGCAAGCUGGACAUGGUUCAUGAUGCAACUGAAAAGAUGCAUAGGGCCAGUUUCACCUUUGGCCAUCCACACAGAUGCAUGUAAAGGGCUGGAAAAUGCUGUAAAAAAUGUUUUCCCCCAUGCUGAGCGGAGAGAGUGCUUUGGACAUAUGUGGAUGAAUCUGAUAAAAAAAUUUAGAGGAGAUGAAUUUGGGCGCAUGUGGCCAGCAGCAAGAGCUUACAGAGCACAGACACAUUCCUACCACCUUGGUUUUAAUACUGCAAUAAAAUGUGAUCACAUCAAUAACAACUUGGCAGAAAGUUUCAACAAUAAAGUGAAAGAUUUAAAAGAUUUGCUUGUGCAUGACAUGGUGGACCAAAUAAGGAUCAUGAUCAUGCGUUUGUGGGACUUGAGAGGAAGACUUGGUGAUAUGUUGGAAGGGGACAAGCUUCCAGCAGUGGUACAACAGGUGGUCAACAAGAGUAGAAACCUUUCACAUCUAUCUGUUGAGAAAUCCUCCUUAUUUGAUGCUGAAGUUAAAGAUGCAAGGAGUGUCAAGAGGUUAAAUAUGCACCCAUAUUUGCAUGAGUAUUACUCAGUACAAAAGUUUAAGGCUGCAUAUGCAACUCCAAUUCCAGCCCUGACUGACCAAUCUCAGUGGCCUGAGGUGGAUAUAGAAUUUACACUGUGUCCCCCUCUGAGUAAAAGAAAGGCUGGGAGGCCCAAACAGAGCAGAUACAAAGCUUGGUUUGAGAAGGGGGGUUGUAGUAAGAAGGGGAAAAAGGAAAAACCAGAAAAGCCUAAAAGGGCUCAAAAAGUAUCUAAUUUAUAUCCUUGUUCCAAUUUAUAUGAUUUUUUAAGGAGGAAGCGUGGAGAAAAAGCCCCACCUCUUGUUGUUGAACAGUGCUGGCCAAUGAAAAAGCCAAGACUCAAUGGCUAUAGAAAGAAAAGAAGCAGUUUGGUCAAUGCACCAGUGCCAGAUGAACCUGUUUCAGAGCUACUUCUGUUGCCUCAACCAGAUUUGACUAUUGAGUUGCCAGAUGAACCUGUUCUGGAGGUUAUGAUGAAUUCUGAACCUGUUCUAGAGGUUGUGCUGAAUUCUGAAGCUCAGGAGGUUAUGCCUAUGCCAGAUGUGUCUGUGGCUGCUGAUGUGCUUGUGCAUGUGGCUCAGGAGGUUAUGCCUAUGCCAGAUUUGCCUAUGGCUGCUGAUGUGCUUGUGCCUGUGCCAGAUGUGCAAAAGAUGAGGGGGCCUAGUGGUUGCGGCAAAAAGUUCAGGAGUAUGAACAAACUAUGCUAUGGUACUGCAAUGAGAAGUGGUAGGAAGAAGCAGAAGAAAUAG